AUGAACGUGCGAAAGAAACAGCAGUAUUCUUUCGUGAACAUGAAUAACCGUUUCGAGCUGUGUUUCACAAACAUACCGAGACUACCACGUUUCAUUGCAAAUCUUUGUUUCAAUGUCAUUGACAUCUUCUACCGUGAACUGUUUGAAAAAGGUUAUAGUGAACAGCACACAAAUUUACACAGUUUUUACCGAUCAUAUGUUAUUGUAAAUAAAAGUUUUUUUUUAUUAAAAUUGUGUAUAAAAAUGUCCAAUUUAUUGCGUUAUUUCGGGCAAGCCGUUAGCCGGAACAUAAAUCAAUCCAAACGACAUAUAUCAACCACAACUCCUACAUUAAUUAAGGAAAUUCAUGAAAAAGUCGAAAAGAAUACGCUUGUCCUUGAAGGACUGCAAGUUGCCUCGCCACGUGCAAAUCAAAUGUUAAAAGAAGCAUGCAGUACUCGUUUUUGUCCAGAAUGCACGCUAGGCCUGAACGUUAAACAUACUGAUGUUUUGAUUUUGUCUCAAUAUGUACGUUCUGAUGGUUGCAUGCUACCUCGACGAGUUACAGGAUUAUGCAAAAAACAACAGAAACGAAUCGGCACACUAGUAACUAUGGCCCAGAAGGCAGGUUUGAUGCCCAAUCUGGCGCCAGAGUGGAGUAAGAAAGAUCCAAAGAAACGAUUUGGAUGGAAAAAAUAUAAUAAAUACUUUCUUGAAGAAACGAUAAAAUACUGAACAUGCGUUAUAAAUCUAUGUAUGUAAAUAAACACUUGUUGAAAUUAAAAUUCUAAA